AUGGCCGUUCAAGCGGCGACCGCCGCCGAGGCGCGCACUCAGCUUGCCUAUCAGAAUCGAUGGAAGUCACUGGCAAACAACCCUAAGAUUCUCGUCAUUGCUCUCUUCGCAUCUUUUGGAGGUUUCGAGUAUGGGUACCAGCAAGGCGUUCUCGGACAAUCCCUCGUAAUGACGCGAUUCAAGGACAAUUUCCCUUCAAUUGUCGAUUCUUCCAGCGCGACUGGUUGGUUGACAUCCAUUCUCCAGCUUGGAGGUAUCCUGGGUUCCGUCAGCGCUGGUGUCUUUGGCGAGGUCUUCUCCCGCAAAUACACCAUGUUCUCUGCCUGUCUCUGGGUCGUGCUGGGAAGUUACCUCUACACCGGCGCAAGCUACCACAAGCCCCAGCUUCUCUACGCUGGCAGAUUCUUCACCGGCCUUGGUGUCGGGACGUUUAGCGGUGUUGGUCCUCUCUACAACGCCGAGCUCGCCGCCCCUGAAAUGCGUGGCUUCAUCGUCUCCUUCUACCAGUUCGCCACCAUCCUGGGAAUCAUGCUGUCAUUCUGGAUCGGAUAUGGCAGCAACUAUAUUGGCGGCAUCGGCGACGGCCAGUCCGACCUCGCCUGGAGACUCCCCUCUUACAUCCAAGGCGUGCCCGCGGCCCUCCUCGCCCUCGGUAUCUGGUGGCUGCCCUUCUCCCCCCGCUGGCUCGUCAAGCAAGGCCGCGACGAGGAGGCCGUCAAGACCAUCGCCUACCUUCGCAAGCUUCCCGAGGAUAGCGAGCUCGUCCAGGUUGAAUUUAAGGAAAUCAAGGCUGAGGCUCUUUUCGAGCAGCGCUCUUUCCAAAAGGCCUUCCCCCAACUGGCUGAAAAGGAGAAGACGAGCGUCUGGAUGCGCGAGGUUGCUCAGUACUGGCGCAUUCUCCGCUCCUGGAAUCACUUCAAGCGCGUCGCGUACGCCUGGUUGAUCAUGUUCUGGCAACAGUGGUCUGGCAUCGACGCAAUCAUCUACUACGCCAGCAAUGUCUUCCAGAGCCUCGGCCUCACCGGCGGCACGACUGCUUUGUUAGCUACCGGUGUUACUGGCGUCGUCUUCUUCAUCAGCACCCUUCCAGCCAUGGCAUUCAUCGACAAGGUUGGCAGAAAGCCCAUCUUGAUCGUUGGUUCUAUGGUCAUGUUGAUCUCCAUGGUCAUCCCUGGUAUCAUUGUCGCCAAGUUCAGCCACGACUGGACCGGCCACCCCGUUGAGGGAUGGGUCGCCGUCGCGUUCAUCUGGAUUUAUAUCGCCGGAUUUGGAGCAUCGUGGGGCCCAGUGUCAUGGACUCUGGUGUCUGAGAUCUUUCCACUCUCCAUCCGUGCCAAGGGCGCUUCCAUCGGCGCAUCUAGCAACUGGCUUAACAAUUUCGCCGUCGCAUUCUAUGUCCCCUCCAUGCUUGAGAGCUGGAAGUGGGGAACCUAUAUCUUCUUCGCCGUUUUCCUCGGCGCCAGCAUCUUGUGGGUGCACUUCAGCCUGCCGGAGACCAAGGGCGCGACCCUCGAGGAGAUGGACCGUGUCUUUGGUAGCAACGCGGGUGCUGAGGACAGCAUUCUGCUCGGACAGGCCAGGAGGGAUGUCGGUUUGACCGAGGACUUGGAGGAGAGCGCUAUCCAUGCUGAGAAGAAGGGUAUCAGCGAGUCUCAUCACGAGUCUACUUGGUGA